UAACGCGAACGGUACCGUAUCAGCGCUAACAUGCGAUCCACAAAUUUAUUAGGUUACUGCGGAUUUUUAUGAAGAAUUAACCGUCAAGAACUGUAUUGAGUUCACUUUAUCACCGAGAUAUCCAAGGGUGAAAUUAAACUAAUCCAUUGAAGGAACUAUAAUGUCGAGUACUGCUGACAACCUAUGCUUACCAUUGCCUAACGAGGUGACAAAGUCAGUAACAACCUACGAAGGACGCGAACAGUUCAUCGUCAAGUACCUUGAAAAAACUCUACCAUCUUCGGAUAGCAAAGACGUUUUGGAAGAAUUAAAAAGAUCAUUCAUUUUAGACAAGCAUAAAUCAUCGAAAUCUAAAAAACAACGUUUAGGUACAAAGAGUAAAAACAAUUCUAUGCGCAAGCUUCUUGGGCAGAAAAUUCUGACAAAAAAUCAUGGUCUUAUUUAUGAGGAACUCAUGCCGUUAAAUGAAAUGUGGACCGAGUACAUAAGGCAGAAUUUAGGAGUACACAGCUUUUCCAAACUGCCGAUCAGCCCAGAUAAUUUGAACUGGGAAAGCAUAAAUCAACGCUUGAUGAAAGCAGAUUAUCAUGGUGCUAUAAUUUCAGUAGUGCAAUCGAAAGAAACCAAUUUGGUAGGCACUAGAGGAAUAGUCCUUCAGGAAACAAAAAAUUGCUUCAGAAUCGUUACACCUCGAAAUACCCUGAGAACUAUUCCAAAAAGCUCCUCCGUAUUCCGAUUCCAUUUGCCCGAUGCGCAUCUCCAAGUUUAUGGUAAAGAGAUUUGUUUCAAGCCUGCGGAGCGUUCUGUGAAGAAAUUCAAAGCGACGCAUUUUGGGAUGAUUUAGAAAUGUAUGAAAAUUCAUUCAAAAAGCACUCCGAAGUAUACCUCUGAAUGAGAAAUUAACGAAUAAAAUUCUCAAAAAUUCCGUUGAA